AUGUUUGAGCUGGCUGAUGAUUCUGCCUCGAUUUCGUCAGUGUUGUCGUCAGCUCAGCAUAUUCUCAUGUUAGAAGACAAUGGAGCAAGCUCUCUUGGCAUUCCACCUUCGGGGGAGUAUUUGAGUCGGGUCAAGGUUUGUGGUGACGCUAGAACGAUUGUAGUCAACCUGAAGGUUGAGCUGACGAAAGAAGCCCCAGCGAUUGGACAUCAGAGGCCUGCAUGCCCGGAGGUGGAACAGGAUAGGCAGUCAUCUUGUCUGUUCCUGGCAGCCUCUUACCACAGUGAUCUGCAGCCAAGUCUUCCUGUGGGGAUCCGCUGUGAUAGAAACCAACCGGCGUGCGAGAACUGUCAUAUUGCUGCGUUACCAUGUACUUUCUCCAAGCCGCUGUCGCAACAUCGGAAAAGCACCCGGCAAGAACUGGCCGACACUAAGGCUAGGGUUCGGGAAUUAGAGACAAUUCUGCUCGGACUUAAGCAAAACCACAAAGGGCUGCCAAUCCCUUCCCCGGGUAGGACCGCUUCUCCAGGCCCGCUCAGCCCACUCUCUGUGGCGUCUUCAUCCGCCUCCAUAGCCGCCACAGCAAGCUGGCUGCCUGACACGCGAGAUUUCGAUACCGCGUUGGCAGCUUUCCAAUGGCACAUCUCAUUUUGUGGGCUUGGGAGCCCCCUUUCAUCUCAACGAGCGGCCUUCUACUCACUCAUUGAACAACAAACAGGUCGCGCGUUCAAUGUGGAUGUUUUUGCCCACGAGGUCACUCAAUCGUUCAAGGCGGCGCAGCUCAAAUCAACGAAAAAGGUGGUCGGUAUAAAGUGGCCCAACUCUGCACUUGUUCAGAAAUGCUUGGAAUAUUUCGAGAGAAAUGGCCUAUACUCGAUUUUCCCCAUCGUGGACGUCGAGGCCAUGCAGAUCCUUCUCAACGCGAACAUCUUAGAUCAACCGUCACAUUUGACUCGUGUCGCCAAUCGUGCCUGUCUAGUUGCUUUCGCUGCAAUGAUAACUCAAAUCCACCGCCAUGAAGCUGCGUUCGCUGGCACCGACCCGGAUGCCUAUGCGCAAGCUGCGCUCACACUACUUCCUGAAAUGUUACUAGAACCUCCUGAUCUGAGAACUCUUGAGGCAGUAACGAUAUUGAUGCUCUACAUCACACCUCUGGGCAGGCCCCAAGCAGGAGAACAAUUAUUAGGAGUUGCGGUGCAACUUGUCUAUAACCUUGGUGCAAACAAAAUCCAAACCCCUCACGAGAUACAUCGGACAGACCAGCGAAGCCAACAUCUCCGAGCCAUGUUCUGGCAUUGCUAUGCAAUUGACAAGGAAUUUUCCAUUCGGAAAUCUCAGCCCCCCUUAAUCAAUGACGACGACUGUGACUUGGAUCUCCCGACGACAUAUGCACGAAACACCUCAGAGCGUCAUUUCUACAUGAAGCCGCUGUCCUCGAAGGAGCUUCUCUUCCCUUCCGAUCUUCGAUUUUCCCUGCUCAAAUCUAGGAUUUUCCGGCUGCUGUAUUCGGUGCAUGGUCAGGCCUUACCUGAAGCCCGGCGUCUCCAGCAUAUUCGCGAACUGGAUCAAGAGCUGAGUGAUCUGAAAGAGGGGUAUCCGGUCGAGUGCCGGCCUGAUGUAUUUGCAACCGAGAGUGCACCUGAUUAUCUAUUCCAUGAUCUCAGUAUCAGGGGUGUGAACAUCCAUUUGGAAUAUUACUACUGUUUGGGGAAAAUACACGGGGCAAGCAGCUCGUGUAGGAUCUCUUCUCCGCAGACCUGGUCGCCUCUGCCAUCCAGUGCAGAGCUUUGCUUUGAGGCUGCGAAAUCCUCGUUGAUUUAUAUUUCGCGAACCCGCCAAUUUGUCAACCAUCACACCUUCUGGAUCCAUGCGCAAUUUAUGCUUGCGGCGGUGUUCUCUGUCUUCUGGUAUCUCAUCACCGUCCCCACCUCGCCGACUUUCAAAAGGGACCUCAAGACCAUGGAGGAUAUCGCUGAGCUGCUAGCUCAGCUCAACAAACCUACUGAGGACGGACAGUCUUUUCCACCAUUUUAUUUGUCUCAGGCUUUCAUUGAGCGUUUGAUCUCGCUGGCGAGACACUCGCAGCCUAGGGUCGUGAACUCAUGA